AAAAAAUAUCUUUUAGUAUAAAUUAUGAGUGCCGCACUCUGGUUUGCUUUUUGCACUCUGCUGCUCGUCUAUCAGGGUUCAGCUCAAUUUGUAGAGAAGAAUUGUGGAAAAAAUCAGACUGUCUUCAUUCCCCAUCCUUGGCUGGUUACAAUUCGAAAUACAACAAAUUCUGAAUUCAUCUGCGCUGGCACGCUUAUCAACGAACGGUAUGUCCUGACAGCUGCGAGUUGCAUAAAAAGAGGAACCAACUGUAACAUCGUUCGCUUGGGAGAAAAAAAUUUAAACAGCACAUACGAAGAUAACAUUGUAGCGAAAGCGAUAGUGCACAGGUCACCAGAACAAAAUGAUAUAGCUCUGCUCAGAUUGAAAACGAAUGUCGAAUAUCAGAUUCAUAUACAACCUAUAUGCAUUAUCGUAAAUGUGGAACCAAACUCAGAAGUAUCUACCUAUGAGAUCAGCAGAGAAGAUCAAAAAUUGCCUAAAAAAGUGGAAUGUCCGUGGCAUAAAAAAGCUUGGGCUAUAUUACAUUUUCGAAGCCUUGCCAAGCAAAAACAAGAAGUUAAUUUAUUUCCCGAGCCCAUUGAAAAGGGAAGUCCUGAUUACCAUUUCAAUGACGGAAUUUUUCUUCAAAAGGGAAUUCUGAGCUAUCAUAAUUCUACGACAAAUCAGGACACAUACACCGAUGUAAGGACCUAUACCGACUGGAUUCUACCAAUCGCGCUGGAAGUGGAUAUUAUCAUAUCUCCAGACCUGCUAUACCAUAAAUCCUAACUUUUUCACAUAAAGGUUUUUAGUUCUUGUACUUAUAUUUGUACACCUCUUCAGAAAAAAUAUUAUUUACGUAUGCACCAUCUUAAGCCGAGAUAUAGAAGUUUCCUUUUUCUUAAGUGUAAUGUUGUGUUCUUACUGUUGCUAUUGGGUAGUUUCUUUUAGCUUUUUGCUGUUAUCUAAUAGGCUUUUAUGGUCUCUGACCAGCGGAUAGGAUGGUUAAUCUGGUCCCCAGACAGGACACACCACACACACAUAUCAAUUCGGACCUUUUCCAUUUAUUGGCUGCCAUCGAAUCAAACUUGUGCGUGAACUCGUGUCUGUGUGUAGUGUAGUUGACAAUUUUGGGUUAUAAAAACAUCAUCAUACUCAUCACUAAAUGCUGACAGUUUUUGCAUUCCUCAGGGAAUGGUUGCUUAAACUCGGACUGUUACUAAAGCUUAUGUCUUAUCAGUCCCCUCUUCAUAUCUGCUUCCUUAAGCUUUGAUUAGUUGUCCUUUAUUUAAUGUCUUGCUGUGGAAAAAUAAUGUGGAUUUUAUUUUAGGAAAAAUUAAGUUGAAUAAAAGUAGAGGAAAAUACUACUACCUACUCUGACAUCAUUUGAUUUCUCUGGGCCAUUAUUUA